AGGCAUUUAGGUUUCCGGAGAUCCUGAGUACAAUUCCUCUUUCUAACAACAUGGCUGCCUGCUUAGAGCUCCAUCUACAGUAAGCAACCAGCUGUAUUUCCAAAGAACACAAGAAAAAACAUUCUGAAUCAUGUUUGACCCCAAUGUGAAGUACCAGCCAUGCAGUACCACAGAUACACCUGAAGGUGGUCACAUCAUCAUGGCAGAGAAGUCUCAGACCGUUGUGCAGAUGAUGGAACCAGUGGUAAAUGGCAUUCAAGGAUCAGACAAUAAAAAAACAAAAAAACUACAAGGAGCUACACUUAGUUUCCACAAUAUCAACUACAGAGUGAAAGUGAAGACUGGCUUAAUUUGUUGCCGAAAAGUUACAGAUCGACAGAUCCUAAUCGAUGUCAAUGGAAUUAUGAGACCUGGACUAAAUGCAAUUCUGGGACCAACAGGCAGUGGCAAGUCAUCGCUAUUGGAUGUACUUGCUGCUCGAAAAGAUCCACAUGGUCUUUCUGGUGAAGUUCUAAUAGACGGGAAGCCACAGCCGCCCAACUUCAAGUGCUUAUCUGGUUAUGUUGUGCAGGAUGAUGUUGUGAUGGGUACAUUGACUGUUAGAGAGAACCUUCAAUUUUCUGCAGCUUUGAGAUUACCCAGAUCACUAAGACAAAAGGAGAAAGAUGAACGUAUCAAUCAGAUCAUCAAGGAACUCGGACUAACAAAAGUGGCUGAUGCAAAGGUUGGCACUCAGCUCAUCCGUGGUGUGUCUGGAGGAGAGAGGAAGAGAACAAAUAUUGGUAUGGAGCUCAUUACUGACCCGGGGGUGUUAUUCUUGGAUGAGCCAACCACUGGUUUGGAUGCCAGCACUGCCAAUGCUGUUCUGAUGCUGCUAAAAAGGAUGUCAAAGCAAGGCAAGACUAUCAUAUUUUCUAUACACCAGCCUCGUUAUUCCAUCUUCAGACUGUUUGAUAGCCUCACUCUACUGGCUGCAGGAAGAGCAUUGUAUCAUGGGCCUGCUCAGCAUGCACUGGAGUACUUUGGAGAGCUGGGUUAUGAAUGUGAAUCUCAUAACAACCCUGCUGACUUCUUUUUGGACAUCAUCAAUGGAGAUUCAACAGCUGUUGCUCUUAGCAAAUUGGAAGAAGUUGAUUUAGGUACUGAAGUAAAUGAUGGUGGCUCUCAAACAGUUGUGGAAAAAUUAUCUGCGGAGUUCUGCAAUUCCAGCUUUUACAAAGAGACCAAGGCAGAGUUGGAGAAAAUGUCUAUCGGUGAAAAAGUGAAGACCAAUUUCUUUAACAGACAGAUCACUUAUAACACUUCAUUCUUCCACCAGUUGAAGUGGGUUUCAAAAAGAACUUUUAAAAAUCUCCUUGGAAAUCCACAAGCAUCCAUAGCCCAGAUAAUGGUCACUGCUGUUCUUGCAUUGAUUGUUGGUGCUAUUUUCUUUGGUGCAUCGAAUGAUCAAAAUGGAAUACAAAACAGAGUUGGAGCCUUGUUCUUUAUAACUACAAAUCAGUGUUUCAGCAGUGUGUCAGCAAUUGAACUCUUCAUUGUAGAGAAGAAGAUAUUUAUACAUGAAUACAUCAGCGGCUACUACAGAUUAUCAGCGUACUUUUUCUCAAAGUUGAUGGCAGAUCUGAUUCCCAUGAGGACGAUGCCAAGCAUUAUUUUUACCUGUGUUAUCUACUUUAUGAUUGGAUUUAAACGUACAGCAGAAUGUUUCUUCAUUAUGAUGUUCACCUUGACGAUGAUCUCUUACACUGCAACAUCCAUGGCUCUGGCAAUUGCCGCUGGACAAGAUGUUGUUGCGGUAGCUAACCUGCUCAUGACCAUAAGUUUUGUCUUCAUGAUUAUAUUUUCAGGCUUGCUGGUGAAUUUGACUUCUAUAAUGGAUUGGAUAUCGUGGCUGAAGUACUUCAGUAUUCCUCGAUAUGGCCUGACUGCUCUGCAAGCCAACGAAUUCCCAGGACAAUUUUUUUGCUCUAACACCACCAACUAUCCUUGCAAUGCAACAAGCCCCUUCCUCGUAAUGACUGGCGAUGACCAUCUUAGAAAUCAAGGCAUCGCAUUCGACUCCUGGGGCUUAUGGCAGAACCAUCUGGCAUUGGCUAUAAUGACACUUAUAUUUCUCACAAUCGCUUACCUGAAGUUGAGUUUUAUGAAGAAGCUAACCUAAACCUGAGCAGACCUGCACUUUGUCAUUGCUUGUAGAUGUAAAUGUAAAUAUGUUCUAUAGGUUGAAUCACCAAGUGACCUCCUAAUCUAAAUGUGUGAAACACAGUAAAGAUAACAAAAAGCCAUUAUAUAUUAUAAUUUCCAUGUUACUGAAGAUGCACUACUGAAUUUGUAAUGGGAGUUUGGUUUGAAUGUUAUUAUUCUUUUGAGGCAACUAGAAGUCAUUAUGCCAAAUGACUGCACAAGCAUCUGCGUUCUCUUUAUAGGAUUAUUUGAUUAUAAGGUAUUGCUCAAUGCCAUUUUGGUAUACCAGAUACUUGGCUGUUUGUGUGUAUAUAAAAUAAAUGAUUAUCUUUACUGUGUUUCAUGUAAUAAGUGUUCUUAUACAUGGUGUAAAUGUUAAGAUUUAUUUAUGGCAAAAUUGUUUAACAUGCUGUAUUAAUGUUCUAAUUUUUAAUAUUUUUAUGUUUGUUCAUGCCACUAAAAUUUUCUCUUUUGGUAACCACAAUAACAAGGGUAGAGUAUAUUUUGUGACAGAUAUUAUUUUGUCAAAUGGUAUUUCGCCUAAAAAAAAAUGGCCAUUUUCGAUAAAAUGCUAAAAAUGGAAAUAAAUAUUUUUCCAUAUAGAGA